GAAUCUCAUCGCCUUUACACCGCAGCGGGACCUGGAAGUUGCGGGACCAGGCGGAGUUACCGUUCCCCGCAUAAGACGGGGUAAACUCCUGCUAAAGAGUCCCUGAGGCGGGAUUUUAUGCUUAAACCACGCAUGUCUAUCUGCAAUUACUGAAUGCCAGCCGCACUGUAGGCUCCACUGUCUGUAGUUUACUUGACUUUGAGCCUAUGAGCCAGCGGCUCCUCUGUUGUUCACUCCGCUGUUCAAACAGCUAAAUUCAGUCUCAAGAUAAAGGAGCCGGUCAUUCUGAGCCGAGUCUCCAGCUGUUUGGUGUUCAGAGCUGACUGAGCAGUCAUAAACCCAUGGCACUGUCGGGAGUGAAAGUCAUCGAGUUGGCAGGUCUGGCCCCUGCACCGUUCUGUGGCAUGAUCCUGGCAGACUUUGGAGCCAAGGUGAUCCGUGUGGACCGCACCAAGGUUUUCUCAACUCUGGACACUCAAGCUCGCGGGAAACAGUCCCUUGCCCUCAACCUGAAAAUGCCACAGGGUGUGGCUUUGCUCAGGCGGCUCUGUGUUCAGUCAGAUGUUGUCCUUGAGCCCUAUCGCAAAGGUGUUAUGGAAAAACUGGGCCUUGGUCCAAGUGAAUUACAUAAAGAAAAUCCUCGUCUGAUCUACGCUCGGUUGACGGGAUAUGGCCAGAGUGGGCGUUACGCUUCUGCAGCUGGACAUGACAUCAACUACCUCGCCAUGUCAGGCCUUUUGUCCCAACUGGGUCGGAGUGGAGAGAAGCCCUACGCGCCUUUGAAUCUGGUUGCAGAUUUUGCCGGUGGUGGUCUUACUUGUGCUCUGGGGAUCGUCUUAGCCCUGCUGGAGCGUACAAAGUCGGGAAAGGGACAGAUCAUUGACGCUAGCAUGGUGGAAGGAGCAGCGUUUACAGGUUCGUUUUUAUGGAAGUCUCGUAAACUUGGUUUGUGGAGUCGCCCUAGGGGAGAAAAUUUGUUGGACAGCGGAGCUCCUUUCUAUGACACAUACAAGACUCUGGAUGGAAAAUACCUGGCUGUGGGCGCCAUAGAAACAGAGUUUUACAACCAGCUGCUUAAAGGCUUAGAAUUAGACGCUGGAGAGUUGCCUCCUCAGAUGAGUUUCAGCGAUUGGCCGGAGCUCAAGCAGCUCUUCACAGAGCGCUUCGCCUCAAAGACCCAGGCGGACUGGUUGAUGAUUUUUGACAGAAUCGAUGCCUGCGUCACACCUGUGUUGUCUUUUGACGAAGUGAGCUCUCACCCUCACAACCAAGAGAGAGGCUCUUUCAUGAAGGACUCCAGCGGGGAGGAGUUCCCCCGGCCAGCUCCGGUUCUGUCUCGGACUCCCGCUGAGCCCUGUCUCGCUUCCGACCCGGCGGUAGGAGAGCACACGGUUGAGGUCCUGCUGGACUACGGCUACACUUCAGCAGAGAUAGACGAGCUGUUAGCGGCUGGCGUUGUGCAGUGUAAUGCUGGCAAGGCGAAGCUGUAGAAGAAAAUAACGAAAGAUAAGAUAACGAAAGAUCUUUGGUGAUCAAGCUGGAAAAAAAGGGGGAAAUUUUAUUUUAGUAAUUUCAGUGAAGAUGAAAAAUUAAUUGUUGAUUAAUUAUUGUGUGUAAAACAUUAACAAAAGGCAAGGAACAAUCUUUUUGUGUUUGAGGCUGAAUCUAGGCUGAACUUUCUGAUUCAAUUGAAAAUAAAUAUGCUAUUCUACAGCAAUA